AUGUGUUCACACUUCUUGGCGGAGUGUGAGUUGGUAUCAAAGCUGCGAUCGGUUGUGGCGACAUCAACAAGCAGAAUAUGUAGCAGUACACAAGCUAGUAAGGAAGCGGUAUGGUUGAAAAUGAUGAUGGAGGAACUCGGGCACGAACAAGAGCAUAUUCCUACUGCAGCGGUCGAGUGCCUUGCAUCCGCAAGGAAUCCGACUUUUCAUUCAAAGUCAAAGCACAUACGAGUCCAGUAUCACUUCGUUCGUGAAAAAGUGGAAGAGGGCACUGUGGAUAUGCAGAAAAUUCAUACUAAAGACAAUCUAGCAGAUUUUUUGACGAAGGCAGUUAACACUGACAAAUUUAUUUGUGUAGUUAUGACCAAAUUCAGCAAUAAUGGAUCAGGAAGUGCAACUGUUAUAAGGUGCAUAGAGAGCGAGAGACAAGCUCUGCUCCACUUCAAGAAAGGCCUAAUUGAUAGAGCAAACCUGCUUUCUUCAUGGACAAAUGAAGAAGAAGAUUGUUGUAGAUGGAGCAGGGUCAGGUGCGACAAGCAUACCGGUCACGUGGUCAUGCUUGACCUCAGGCCCAUAAUGAUAGGCAGAGAUGGCAUUUAUGCUCUAGGAGGUGAUGGGAAUUUUGUUUGGACAGGAAUUGGUGGUGAGUUAAGCUCUUCCUUGCUUGAAUUACCAUAUUUGAGUCACUUGGAUCUCAGUAAUAAUUGGUUCAGUGACAUACCAGAAUUUAUGGGUUCCCUUAGUACGUUAAUAUAUCUCGACCUGUCGAACAAUGCUAUUGAAACAUUUCCUUACCAGCUUGGGAAUCUCUCUAUGCUCCAGUAUCUUGAUCUCAGCUUGAACUAUGAGAUGAGAUUAGAUAGCAUUGGAUGGCUUGAUCGCCUUUCUUCUUUAAGAGUACUUAAGUCAGAUGAGCUUUGGGGAAGCACUGCCAUAGUUGAUCUUCAAAUCUUUGAUGAUCAGCAAUUAAGAGGUCCCAUUUCAGAUUCUUUUGGAGACAUGGCAUCACUUGUACGUCUUACCCUCCUUUCGAAUAAAAUCCAAGGUGGGAUACCGGCAUCUUUCGGAAAUCUUUGCAACUUAAGAACUUUGUGGGUGUUUGGUGUCUCUGGAUUACUUUCGGAUUUGCUGCAAAACCUCACUGGCUGUGCCAAGAAAUCAUUACAGAUACUGGGAUUAAGCGAAAAUCAGCUUGAAGGGUCAAUUCCUGAUAUCAAUGAGUUUCCGUCCUUGAGAGAAUUAUAUCUUGAUCAUAAUCAUUUGGAUGAGUCUUUUCCUAAAACCUUUAUGCACUUUUCUCAACUUCGUAUUUUGAAUGUAGGAAAUAACCGAUUAGUCGGGUCACUGCCUGAUCUUUCGAAGAUGUCAUCGCUCACGGAGUUAGUUGUGGGCAACAAUGAGUUAACUGGAAGUUUAACUGACAGCAUAGACAAGCUACGAAAGCUCCAAAUUUUGGAUGUUUCUUCAAAUAGGUUGAAUGGAGUUGUCAUAGAAGCACACCUGUCUAACCUAUCCCAGCUGCAGAAACUAGAUUUGUCUCACAAUUCACUAUCUCUGAAUGUCAAUUUUGUUUGGGUUCCCACAUUUAAGCUGGAUGUUAUCAAAUUAAGCUCUUAUUUGAGCUCCAACUUGUUCCAUGGCCCUAUACCGCCAUUUUUUUACAACACGACAGUACUCAAUCUGUCCAAAAAUACGUUUACAGGGACUGUGUCUGUCUUAUGCACUAUAACUGAUAGUGCUUUGAGCUAUCUUGACCUUUCUGAAAAUUUGCUAUCAGGAGGCCUUCCUAAUUGUUGGGGUCAAUUCAGAUUGUUGGUCAUUCUUAAUUUGGAGAACAAUAGUUUAUCUGGGAUAAUCCCAAGCUCAAUUGGCUCACUUCACCAAAUUGAAUCAAUGCGUUUGAGGAACAACAAUUUUACAGGAAUGCCUUCAUCCUUGAAGAAUUGCUUUAGGCUGACGCUUCUAGAUCUUGGAGGGAAUAAGUUGACAGGAAAGGUAUCAACAUGGAUAGGAGAAAGUCUGAGAAACUUAAUUGUGCUUCGUCUGCAAUUAAAUGAGUUUUAUGGAAACAUUCCUUCAACAAUAUGUCAUCUUAAAGCUAUUCAGGUAUUAGAUAUUUCGUUCAACAGCUUAUCUGGAACUAUUCCAUCUUGCAUUAAUAACCUCACCACUAUGACCCAAAUUCAAAGUUCAAGUAACACCAUAUCCUAUAGAUUUGAUCUAUCAUAUAGUUACUGGAAUGGAAGUAAAUCACUUCGGCUUCCCAAUGAUUCUGCAUACUAUGUUGAUUACGCAUCUGUUGUGUGGAAAGGACUUGAGCAAGAAUAUGGAAAAACAUUAGGGCUGCUGAAGAUCAUUGAUUUUUCAAACAACAAUCUGAAUGGAGAAAUUCCUGAAGAAGUGACACGUUUAUUAGGAGUAAUAUCACUGAAUUUGUCAAUGAACAAUUUGACUGGAGCCAUUCCCAGCAGAAUUGGGCUCUUGAAAUUAUUGGAAUCUCUUGAUUUGUCUUGCAAUAAACUUUCCGGUAGAAUUCCGACAAGCUUGGCUGAUUUGUCUUUCCUCGGAUAUUUGAACUUGUCAAAGAACCAAUUGACAGGGAAAAUUCUAUUAAGCACCCAACUUCAAAGCUUCGAUGCCUCUGCAUAUAUGGGUAAUCAAAGGCUUUGUGGACCUCCAUUGAGUGACUGCUCAGAUGAUGGAAAAACACAGCAUCCAUCAGGGGUUGAUUUUAGAAAAAUAUGA